AUGCAUAGGUACGCGAGCAGCGCCAUCGUGCUCUUCGUCGUCUUCGUGACAUGGACCGUCGUCAAGUCGAAGCUCAAGAAGCGCCGUAACAAUGCAAAGGCCGCUUCCCUGGGGUGCCUGCCGCCCCCGGAGCUGCGCAACACCAACUUCAUCGGCAACUCGAUCCUGAGGGAGUCGAUAAGGGCGACCAAGGAAGACCGCGGCCCGCAGUACGUGGUCGAGACGAUGAACAGCAUAUCGCGCGACUGCCACACGCUCAAGGUGCCUAUCCUCGACUAUGAGCUCGUCGUCACGCGCGACCCGGAGAACGCGAAGGUGCUGUUUGGCACCGCCGACUUCGACAUCAGUCACACGCGGCAGCUGAGCUGGAUGCCGCUGCUCGGCAAGGGCAUCUUCACGAGCCGCGGCGAAAUCUGGAAGCACAGCCGAGCGCUUUUGCGGCCCCAGUUCGCGAGGGAGAUGAUCAGUGACCCUAACCUCGAGGAACAUCACCUGGAGAACAUGCUCAGGCAAUUAUCUGUGGACGCCUCAACCGGAUGGACAACAAAAGUCGACCUCGCGCCCCUAUUUUUCAAGUUCACCCUAGACACGGCAACCGAGUUCAUCUUCGGCCAGUCAACCAACUCGCUAGGCCAGGGGACCGCCGGCGGGCGAGAGAUCGACCACGACUUCAACGAAGCCAAAGUCUGGAUAGACAAGCGCGGUGCGCUCGCAAAGUUCUACUGGCUUAUGAACAGCAAGGAGUUCAAGGCAAACUGCAGCACCAUCCACGACUUCGCCGACUCUCUCGUCGCCGACCGCCUGGCUCACCCGCAAGAGAAGGUGAACGCCGAUCCCGAGAAAGCGCCUCGCUUCAGUCUCCUGAACGAGCUUGCGAAGGAGACGCAGGACGCCAGAGAGCUCCGAAACGAGACGCUCCAUGUGCUGAUCGCCGGUCGCGACACGACGGGCUGUCUGCUCGGCUGGGUCGUGUACUUCCUCGCGCGGCAUCCGGCCGUGUACACCAAGCUGCACGAGAGCAUCCUUGAGCGUUUCGGUGACCAGCAGGCAGACUUCCGGUCUCUGAGCCAGGCCAACUACCUCCAAUGGGUCAUCAACGAGACGUUGAGGGUCGCUACUGUGAUCCCCCUGAACGAGCGCAUUGCGCUUCGGGACACGACGCUGCCGAGGGGUGGCGGGCCCGACGGCAAGUCCAGGGUCUUCGUCCCCGAGGGCACCCAGGUUCUCAUUCCGCUGUACGCGAUGCAGCACCGCGAGGAUAUCUGGGGCGAUGAUGUUGAGGAGUUCCGACCCGAGAGGUGGGAGACGCACCGUCCGGGCUGGGAGUUCAUCCCUUUUGGUGCGGGCGCCAGAAAAUGCUUGGGUCAGCAAUUCGGCCGCCAAGAGGUGGGCUAUGUCAUCUCCCGGUUCUGUCAGAAGUACGACCGCAUCGAGAACAUGGAAGAGGGCGAUGGCAGGAUGCGUCUUCAUCACGCGAUAGAGAAUCGCUCAGGCACUGGUGUCCAAGUGCGUCUACAUGAAGCAACGGUCUCUGCUCAGGUUCGAGGAGUGUGCAAAUAG